AUGGCACCUAAUCUCGACGAUGCCAACUCUAUUUUUGAAUUUGUUGUCAAAGAAGGAAACGGUGUAAAAGGAUUGGUUGACUCGGGCCUUUACAAGGUGCCAGUGUCCUACGUGCAGCCACCAAAAGAACGAAUAGACAAGGAAAACGCCAUCAAACUCGACUUGCCACCCAUUGAUCUGUCGAAGCUGGACGGCAAUGGCCACGAUGAAGUGGCCAAGCAAAUUGUUAGAGCUGCAGAGACUCUGGGUUUCUUCCAAGUUGUUAACCAUGGAGUCCCUCUUCAUCUACUUCAAUCCCUUAAAGACACUGCACAUAUGUUCUUCAGCUUGCCCCUUCAAAGGAAGACUGUUUAUCUUGAACCAGUAAGUCCAACUCCACUGGUGCGGUACGGCACCAGCUUUAGGCCAGAGAAAGAGAAAGCAUUAGGAUGGAAAGAUUAUAUCCUCGUUCAUUACACCGACGACCACGAAGCUCUUCGACAUUGGCCUGCAGAGAUCAAAGGGGUGUUACUGGAGUACUUGAGGUCUUCAAUCAUCAUGGUGAAGAAAUUGCUUCAAGUUUUGUUGGGAAAUUUAGGGGUGGAACCGGAUGACUCGAUGGUUGGUGUACUCACCGGCAAGAAGAUGCUUAGUAUGAUCCUCUAUCCUACAUGUCCCGAUCCGGAUCUCACUGUCGGAGUAGGACGUCACUCUGAUAUAGGUACUCUUACGGUGUUGUUACAAGACGAAAUCGGUGGCUUAUAUGUUAACAUCGAGGAAGAUACGGAAUAUGGAAAAAAAGGAGAGUGGAUAGAGAUCUCUCCUACUCCCGGUGCCUUGGUCAUCAAUGUUUGCGAUAUGUUACAGAUACUAAGCAAUGGAAAGUACAAAAGUGCAGAACAUGGAGUUCGUACAUCAAGCACAAAUUCAAGGGUUUCAUUACCAGUCUUUACAAUGCCAAUAGAAACAGCAAAGAUUGCACCUUUGCCUCAAGUGGUGGAGAAAGAUGGGAUUGCUCUUUACAAAGAAUUCGUGUUUGUGGAUUAUCUAAACAAUGUUUUUGGAAAUGCACUCGACGGUAAGAAAUCACUUGAUUUUGCAAAGAUUAAUUGAUUAAAUGCUUCAUCG